GCUGUAAAUUUGGCUGACAUUUUGAAAAUGCCAGUGAAGGAUAUAGAGACAGCACUGAAGUUUGGCAAAUCAAGAAAUUAUGUCAUAGAAGGUGGAUUUCCGAUGUUCUGGGUCUUGACAGAAGAGGGAAAAGAUUUUCUGGAAGGUAUUAAAGAAGAGAGCCUUGCUUAUCCAGAGCACAUCAUGUUUAGACGGGGCAUGGACAGUUAUGGACCAUCAUCCAUGAGUGAUGCUGGUAUGAAGAGUUUAUGGACUGGGCCACCACCACCUCCUAAAGAGCUCAUUCAAAGAGAUCCUGUCUUUUCUGGAGACUACCCACAGCUAACUCAAGGAAGCCAAUUUCCAGUUGGUUUUGGUUCCACUUCUUCACAGAUUUCUUGUGCUGGGCGAGGACAAGUUAUUCAGAAACUGAGCAAUGAAUAUAGAGCCCAGCAGAAUAGUAAGAUGUUGCCCACUGGGGCAAUAUAUGCUCAAGAGCUUGAAGCAUCACAGCUCCCUUCAUUUCAGCCUGUUGCUUCAGCAGCAUCUGCAAGGCAGCAUCAGCCAUUAUUUCCAGUACCAUUUCCACAUACUCUUGUGCAAUCAUCUCCAGAUUUUACUUGCAUACAGUCUGCUGCUGGCUGUCAAAGCAGUUUUAACACCGUCAUUCAUACACCAGAGUCUUUGGAGAGGAAAGGGCUCAUCAUGGUGAGGCCGAUUGUUAAUUCUGUUCAACGAGCCUCAAGUGCUUCUGCAGAUGUUGAGUUCCUUGGACAUCAGCUGGACAAAACAGGCUUUGGCUUUGAUAUCAGAGGGAAUGUGAUUAGUCCCAGCAUGGAACACAGCAGUCCAUUGUCCUUGGAUAGUGCUAUCAUGACAAGAUCCCACAGCCAGCCUGUGUUAGGGUCAGGACCCAUGUCACUGCCAGUAGGUGACAGCUCAGGUCCCUCUCUAAAGAUUACAUCAGAGAGCUUUGCUGCACUAAACAAGAACCCUAUCAGUGCUCUGAUGGAGUAUGCUCAGUCGCGUCACUUGCAGGCUCGCAUUGAUGUCAUCAGUCAGAAGGGACCGUCUCACCGGCCUGUCUUUGCUGUAGCAGCAUGGGUUGGAAAUCGGCAGUUCCCAGCCGUCACCUGCAACAACAAGAAGGAUGGCCGAAAGGAAGCAGCAGAUGUUGCUUUGAGAACAUUGAUUGCCGAGGGCCAGUAUACAGCAGCUUCACAGACUCCAUCUAUUAAUGUUGCACCAGAGAAUAUGACUCAUUUUGAUAAAAUAGCAGCAUUAACCCACCAAGCCUUCAAUUCACUCAUUGCAAGCAUUCCAGAAAAUCUGGCUGGUCGGAAAGUCAUUGCAGGCCUUGUAAUGAAGCGCAGUGUUGAUGAUAUUGGAAUGGUUGUCAGUAUUGGGACAGGUAACAGGUGCAUAACUGGCGACAAGCUCAGCUUGGAGGGAAACACUGUCAAUGAUUCACAUGCAGAAAUUAUUACUCGACGAGGAUUUCUGAGGUUUCUGUACCAGCAGUUAAUGACUUAUCAAAAUGGGAAACCUCAUAAAAUAUUUGAGCAAGGUAGCUCGGGGAAACUGAGGGUUCAGUCUGGAAUAACAUUCCAUCUCUACAUCUCUACUGCACCUUGUGGAGAUGGGGCGCUCUUUUCACCAAGAGAUACAGAGUCAAACAAUGGAUUGCUUCCAAACAUUGACAGGCGAGAACAUCAGCCAACAUUCACCAGCAAUGUUCAGGGACUUUUGCGAACCAAAAUGGAAGGAGGAGAGGGUACAAUACCAGUGGAUGCUAGUGAGAUUACUGUACAGACGUGGGAUGGUGUGGUCAGGGGAGAGCGACUUCGUACCAUGUCUUGCACUGACAAAAUUUGCCGCUGGAAUGUGCUGGGUUUGCAAGGAGCUCUUCUGUCACACCUUUUGGAACCCAUAUAUCUGGAUUCUCUCACACUUGGUUUUCUCUAUGACCAUGGCCAUCUUGCGCGGGCUGUCUGUUGUCGUCUGGACCGUGAACCACCGCCUCUGGACACACGUUUGCCAGCAGGAUUUCACCUGAAUCAUCCAUGGCUGGGACGAGUGACAGCAUGUCAGCCUCUGAGAGAGACACAAAAGACAAAGGCAUACAGCAUCAACUGGACAGUCGGUGAUGCCCAGCCUGAAGUCUUAGAUGGCACUCUUGGACAUUGUUACACAGCAGUUGAGAAAACAAUUUUUUCACGCCUCGCCAAACGCAGUUUGUAUAACAGCUUCAAACAGGUAGCCCACUACACUGGUCGCACCGACCUUUUGCAGUUUAGCUGCUAUCGAGAAGCCAAAAUGUCUGCCAAAGACUUUCAAAAGGCCAAGAUGGCCAUGAUGGAGAAGUUCAAGGAGACAAGAUGUGGAGCUUGGGUUAAAAAGCCAGUUGAGGAGGAAAUGUUUUCUUAGGAAGGUUAUCAGUAUUUUAGCAUCUUUUCUAGCACACAGAAGCAUAACUUAUGGGGAAUACAGAAAGAUUGUCACAGAAGUUACCAUCUUUUUAAUAGUUUCAGUGUUACUGGUGGUAAGAUCCCAUAUUUGUAGCAGUAACAUUGUUGUUAACAUCAUUCUUAAUGGUCGCAGCUUUUGUACUGUGACCAUGUUCCCUUUGUUGUUUUGGAGAGAAUUACUGAUGGUCUUCUCAAGUUUGAUAGCUGUAACAUUUACAACCUUUCCUUCAAAUUAUACAAAAUUAAAUGAAAACAGAUUGCUUGUUUGUGUGAAUGCAAUUCUUAGUUUUAUUUUUGCACUUAAGUUUGCAUAAAGAAGCAUGACGUUUUUUUAAUUUUUGUUGUUUUGAAGGAUUGGUGGGAAGGUAUUCUCAGGCAUUAAAUGUAUGUCUGAAAAUUCUGUGUUUACAAAAUGGUCAAAUGAUCUGACCAGUGUGUGAAGAUAUUCCUAUCAGAGUUGUAUCUUCUGUGUACUAGUAAAUUUGCUGAAAUUCUUAAGCAGACCAAAGAAAACCCUUCUCAAUUAAUCUGACUAAUCCUGGUUGGCAGAGCAUCUGCAGUGGCAUCUAGCUUCAACUAUUGUUGGCAACACCUCAUUCAAAAGGAUGGUGUAACUUGAUACAUAGUUUGGUCAGAUGUCUUUAUCAUGAUGAGACCAUGCAGGUGCAUGCAGGCUGGAAAUAGCUCAGUUGUGAAACGAACUUGUAACCUUCGAUGGAAAGCAGGUUCUUUUUCCAUCAGAAAUGUGAAUGAUGGGCUUGAACAGCGAUUAGAAACAAUCGGCAUUAUAUUUGCUGAUGGGCUGAAUGGGGUCGGCAUGAGAAGAGACACCGUAUUUCUUCACCUGCACCUCACUGAUGCUGUUUCUAUUAAUUGUCUUGUGCUUCGUUCCCAUUGUGAUGGAAAAAGAAAACUGUUGUCCAUUGUCAGAAAUAAAACCCAAGGAAUAAGUAGAGCUAGGCUGAAAAAAUAAUGGCCAUGCUCCAUGAUUGUUGUAUUUUGUCUGUACAGUCUUGUACUUUCCCAUUUGUACAGUUUGUCUUCAGUCUUGUACUACUUUCUGUUUUGCACAGUUUGAGGCACAGCAGUUGCCACGGAUACAGUGAUGAUUGGGAUGUUUGGUUUAGGUCUAGUCUAAUGCUUUUAAUGCUUUUCUUACUGUGAUUGUGGCUCCUAUUUAAAGGGCAGCUAUAUAAUAGCCUAAGUGGCUGGUUCAAUCUAAAAUGCUAAUUCAACCCCCUACUCCCCUUUCCCCCAUACCUGUUUCUAAUUUUCUGUGCCAUUUUAGUAAACUCAAACCCACAUUUUUGAUUAUACAUUUAAAGUGUACAUUUUCUAAAAAUGGAUGAAUGGAAUAAUUAUCACCUGAAAUAUUUGAUUUACAUGCACAUACAUAGAAUUGUAUACAUUUUUAUGUAAAUAAUAAAUUAACUGUUACUUGGUGUAGUUAUUUGUGUAAGGUAGAACUGGAUAAAAAACAAUCUUUUUCUUUGCAAUUUCAUUCUAUUUUCAAUUAUGCAGCAUAGAAGUGUUUCAAGCUAAAAUUAUGCGGAUAAUGCCGAAGAUGCUAAGGGUACCAAGAUUUGUAUUUGAGUUUGUAAAUUAGGUUAGGCUACUGUUUAAAAAAAAACUUGCUUAUGGGGAUUUGAAUAGGCGAAGAAAUCAUUUUUAUUAAAUUUCACAAAAUU